UUAAUUAAUUAAACCCUCCAAGCAUAUCCAUCUCUGUUAUGUCAAGCACACCCUCACAACCCCAUCCCUUCAACGUGCUCAGGAGCCAUUUUCUUGUAAGCGCCUGCAAAUACUUUUGAGCCUUUCUGCUCACUUGUUUUACCCAUUAAUUUUAUUCAAAAAGAAAAACCAGAAUUGUUUAAUUGUAAACUGAUUCUUUUAAGGUAAUCUAUAUAAAGGGACGUACCGAAAGUACCAGUACUUUUUCUCAGGGUCAGUAGAAUUACAUUAUCAAAGCCUUUGCCUUCGGGUGACUGGUUGCUAAUUUCCUGGAGAAUUCGGGGCGCAAGUGUCAAUGGAGCCAAAACGUUAUGGAAUAACCAUCUUAGGUUCACUUCUUCUCUUCUUUUGCAUGGCAGCAACUUGUUAUGGAAUUGUUCUCUUCUCUUCUCUGUCAAGAACCUUGGAAGUCACUGCUUCAUUCAAACAAGGGCAAGUUCUGAAAGCUGGUGUUGAUAAAAUUACCGUAACAUGGGGUCUGAAUCAGAGCCUAGCAGCUGGUACGGACUCCGCCUACAAGACCAUAAAAGUCAAGCUAUGCUACUCGCCCGUCAGCCAGGUUGACCGCGCGUGGAGGAAGACAGUGGACAACCUAGCCAAAGACAAGACAUGUCAGUUCAAGAUCGUUUCUAGGCCGUAUGAUAAGUGGAACCAGACCUUUGAGUGGAAGGUGGAGCGUGACGUGCCCUCGGGUACGUACUUCAUACGCGCCUACGCCUACAACUCCGACGACAUCGAGGUGGCUUACGGUCAAACAACCGAUGCAAAAAAGACCACCAAUUUGUUUGAUGUCCAGGCAAUCACCGGCCGCCACGCGUCGCUCGAUAUUGCCUCGGUUUGUUUCAGUGCUUUCGCGGUUCUGUCCUUGCUUGGGUUCUUUAUUGCCGAGAAGAGAAGGGCAAAACUGUCUGAACAGAAGUGAGAGUCGACGCAAUACAAUAUUCUUAGAGCAUUAGCAUUGGCUUCAUCAAAAGUCUAGCCAAAUGUAAAAUU